UUUACUCGCUAUACAAUUUGAUAUCAAAUUAUGCACGAAUUACAAGUUAAAUCAUUUAAUAAAUUUCAAUUCUCAGAAAUUAACCACUUGAUAUUUGUUUUUUGCUGCGUUCGAAAAAGAAAAUUCUACGUAAAAGAAAGUUUUACGAGUUGCUGUUUGUAACGCUCGCCUUCAAAUAUAAAUAUUACAACGUGUUGCAUGGAUUACACGGUUUAAACUCAACAAUUUGUUUCAGAAGAUGAAUAUGACGGUCUGUUUAUUUACGUCAUCUGCAGCUGUCGUGUAGAAUUGCAAUUUUAUGAAGAGUAAUACUUAGAAAUUAAGUUAUCGUAUAAGUUAAUAGUUUGAAAAACUAGACUUAAAUAAUAUUAGUAAAAAUGACUGCUUUCGAAGAAAUGGGUGUUUUGUCUGAGAUAGCUCAAGCUGUUGAAGAAAUGGAAUGGAAUUUGCCUACAGAUGUCCAAUCUGAAGCUAUCCCAUUGAUUCUAGGAGGUGGUGAUGUAUUAAUGGCUGCUGAAACUGGUAGUGGAAAAACUGGUGCAUUUUGUUUACCUAUCCUUCAAAUAGUUUGGGAAACUUUGGCAGAUGAAAGGAGUGGAAAAGGAAAGAAAUCGGAUAGUGGAGCAGGAUCACAAUCUACAAAAUGGCGAAUGAGCUAUUAUGAUCGAGGAACUGCUUUGGCUGUAAGCCCUGAUGGCAAAACUUGUCAGUGCAGAGAACCCAAGGAAUGGCAUGGUUGUAGAGCUACCAAAGGUGUACAGGGUGAAGGAAAAUAUUAUUUUGAAGCUAAAGUUACAGAUGAAGGUCUCUGCCGUGUUGGUUGGUCCACACCUGCUGCUUCCUUAGAUCUUGGAACUGACCGACAGGGAUUUGGAUUUGGAGGUACAGGAAAGAAGUCUUUUGCCAAGAAUUUUGAGUCCUAUGGAGAAGCAUUUGGAAUGCAUGAUGUUAUUGGAUGUUAUCUUGAUCUUGAAAAUAGUUCGAUUAAGUUUUCAAAAAAUGGUGUUGAUUUUGGUGAAGCUUUUAAAGUGCCUGGUAAUUUGAAAAGAUCUGUUUUCUUUCCUUCUGUUGUUUUAAAGAAUGCAGAAAUGGAGUUUAAUUUUGGUGAAACAGCAUUUAAGCAUCCUCCGGAGGAGGGCUAUGUUGCAGUUUGCUCCGCAACCAAAGGGAAUGUUGUCAACAAUUCAGUCACUGGAGAAUCAUCUGGUCCUGUGAAAAAUAUUAAAAAUGCUCCACAAGCUAUUAUCAUUGAACCAUCUAGAGAAUUAGCUGAGCAGACUUUGAAGUGUAUUCAAAACUUCCAGAAACAUCUUAAGGAUCCAAAAGUUAGGGAAUUGCUUAUUAUUGGAGGUGUGGCUGCUAAAGAACAGAUUAUGGAGUUACAAAGUGGGAUUGAUAUUGUUGUGGCUACUCCAGGUAGAUUAGAGGAUUUAAUUUCAACUGGGCAACUGUCUCUCUCUCAGGUUCGAUUCUUUGUGUUGGAUGAGGCUGAUGGUUUACUCCAAGCGGGAUACAAUGAUUUAAUUAAUAGAAUUCAUCAACAAAUUCCAAAGAUAACUCCUGAUGGAAAAAGAUUGCAGAUGGUUGUUUGUUCUGCUACCUUGCAUUCGUUUGAUGUAAAGAAACUUGCUGAAAGGCUUAUGCAUUUCCCAACUUGGGUUGACUUGAAAGGAGAAGACAGUGUUCCUGAAACUGUCCAUCAUGUUGUCUGCAUUGUUGAUCCAAGAAAAGAUCUUUCCUGGAGAGAAUUAAAAAGACCCAUCAAGACUGAUGAAGUCCAUGCUAAAGAUAAUGUAAGAUUUGGAUCAAAUACACCUGAAUCAUUGUCAGAAGCUGUGAAGCUAUUAAAAGGAGAAUAUGUCAUUACUGCCAUUAAUGAACAUAAAAUGGAUAAAGGCAUUAUAUUUUGUCGCACAAAAAUAGAUUGCGAUAAUAUGGAAAAUCAUUUGAAUGCACUUGGUGGAGGAGCAAGAAAUAAAAAUAAUACUUAUUCCUGUGUAUGUCUACAUGGGGAUAGAAAGCCAGCUGAAAGAAAAGAAAAUCUUGAAAAAUUUAAGAAAGGAUUUGUUAAAUUUUUAAUCUGCACUGAUGUAGCAGCCCGGGGUAUAGAUGUUUCUGGAGUUCCAUAUGUGAUAAAUGUUACAUUACCAGAUGAAAAAAAUAAUUAUGUUCACAGAAUUGGUAGAGUUGGACGUGCAGAAAGAAUGGGCUUGGCAAUAUCCUUAGUGGCUGCUGUUCCCGAAAAGGUUUGGUAUCAUUCCAAUUGCUCUAAUAGAGGUAGAAAUUGCUGGAACACUAGAUUAACAGAUCAAGGUGGAUGUUGCAUAUGGUAUAAUGAACCACAGUAUUUGGGUGAAAUUGAAGAACACUUAAAUUGUACUAUACAACAAGUUGAUCCAGAUAUCAGAGUUCCAAGUGAUGAAUUUGAUGGAAAAGUUGUGUAUGGGCAGAAAAAAGCAGCAAUGGGUAGUAACUACCAAACACAUACUGCUCAGAUGGCUCCAACUGUAAACCUGUUAACACAACUAGAAAUAUGUGCCCAAGAAUACUUUAUUAAAAGAUAUUGUAAAAAUGAAUCUCGCUUCAUUAAAUAGACUUUUUGUUUAUGACAAAUGUAUAUUGUAAGAUUACUAAAGAUUUUUUCCUCUUGUAGUUAAUAAUAAAAGCAAUUGAUCUUCA